AUGUGGAAGCGCGCCGCGGAGCUCGGGAACGUGGAAGCGAUGAGACACCUUGGAAAAAUAUACUGGGAAGGGAGUGGCGUCAAGCUGGACAAGAAGAAGGCGGAGCGGCUCGUUCGCAUGGCCGCAGGUCGGGGCGACGCGGUCGCGCAAAACAAUCUAGGGCAUCUACUUUCUGAGGAGAGACCUGAAGAAGCGUUCCGGUACUACGCGCUCGCGGCGGAUCAAGGCUUUACCUGUGCGGAGAAUUCGCUUGGCUGCUGUUACGGGAACGGAGAAGGCACGGAAGUCGACCUCGGCAAAGCCAGAUACUGGUUCGAGCGCGCCGCUGCCAAGGGCCACGAGAAAGCUAUAAGGUCCCUCGCGCUCCUCGACGCGAGCAUAGAUGGGGAAGGCGUCAAGCUGGACAAGAAGAAGGCGAUGAAGCUGUAUCGCGCGGCCGCAGAUCGGGGCGACGCGGUCGCGCAAGCCAAUUUAGCGUUUUUACUUGAUUCUGAAAAGAGAUUUGAAGAAGCGUUCCGGUACUACGCGCUCUCGGCGGAUCAAGGCUAUACCGAUGCGGAGCACAACCUUGGCGUGUGUUACAUGGAAGGAGAAGGCACGGAAAAAGCCGCAAAGAUUUGGAAGCGCGCCGUGGAGCUCGGCGAUGCGGAAGCAAUGGAAUCUCUCGGGGAAGCGUACGAGUAUGGGGAAGGCGUCAAGCUGGACAAGAAGAAGGCGGAGCGGCUGUAUCGCGCGGCCGCAGACCGAGGCCACGCGCUCGCGCAACACAAUUUAGCGGUUUUACUUGAUGCUGAGGAGAAGUUUGAAGAAGCGUUCCGGUACUACGCGCUCGCGGCGGAUCAAGGAUAUACCGAUGGAGAGACCAACCUUGGCUGCUGUUACAGGGACGGAGAAGGCACGGAAGUCGACCUCGGCAAAGCAAGAUAUUGGUUCGAGCGCGCCGCUGCCAAGGGCCACGAAGGAGCUAUAAAGGCCCUCGCGGCCCUCGACGCGCGAGGACUAUAG